GCCAGGCCAUAACCCCCCAUUUGGGCUUGGGCUGGACCCGGCGCCCACCCUGCGGCGGGCUGAGCUUCUUGGGAUGUCGCGAAGAUUUGGAUUAUUCCAGACAUGGUUGCUGUGGUGUUGCUCUGGGAGAACACCUUGAUGGAUGAUUAGCACCAUUCAGUGAUGGGCUGUGGGACUAGCAAAGUACUUCCCGAGCCUCCCAAGGAUGUUCAGUUGGAUCUCGUUAAAAAAGUUGAGCCGUACACUGGUUAUAAAACUGACAUAUAUAAGCACUUCAUCAAGGGCGAUGGAGAUGCCAUCAAAUCUGCUAUCCCUUCUCCUCCCUGUCACACCAACCCACAUGUGGAACAGCCAGAGCCCCGCAAGAACAGAGUGGCAAAGUAUCGUGCCAAAUUUGAUCCCAGAGUGACAGCCAAGUAUGAUAUCAAAGCCCUGAUUGGCCGAGGCAGCUUUAGCCGCGUGGUACGGGUGGAGCACAAGGCUACCAAGCAGCCGUAUGCAAUCAAAUUGAUAGAGACCAAGUACCGCGAGGGGCGAGAAGUGUGCGAGUCAGAGCUGUGCGUGCUGCGUCGUGUGCGGCACACCAACAUUAUCCAGCUCAUUGAAGUGUUUGAGACUCAGGAGCGCGUCUACAUGGUGAUGGAAUUGGCCACUGGAGGCGAAUUGUUUGACCGUAUCAUUGCUAAAGGCUCAUUUACGGAAAGAGAUGCCACCCGGGUGCUGCAGAUGGUUUUGGAUGGGGUUAAGUACUUACAUACAUUGGGCAUAACUCACAGGGACUUAAAGCCAGAGAACUUGCUAUAUUAUCAUCCAGGCAUGGAUUCUAAAAUAAUGAUCACGGACUUUGGACUGGCAAGUGCUCGAAAGAAAGGAGAUGACUGCUUAAUGAAGACCACUUGUGGGACGCCAGAGUACAUUGCCCCGGAGAUCUUGGUCAGGAAGCCUUACACUAACUCUGUAGACAUGUGGGCGCUGGGUGUGAUCUCAUACAUCCUACUGAGUGGGACAAUGCCUUUUGAGGAUGACAAUCGCACUCGCUUGUACCGGCAAAUUCUGAAAGGAAAGUACAGUUACUCAGGGGAGCCAUGGCCCAGCGUGUCCAAUCUCGCUAAGGAUUUCAUUGACCGCCUGCUCACAGUGGAUCCUAAUGACCGGAUGACAGCACUUCAAGCCUUAAAGCACCCCUGGGUGGUCAGCAUGGCUGCAUCUUCUUCCAUGAAGAACUUGCACCGCUCUAUCUCUCAGAACCUGCUCAAGAGGGCAUCAUCUCGUUGCCAAAGCACCAAAUCCGCCCAGUCUACCCGCUCUAGCCGCUCCACCAAAUCCAACAAGUCCCGGCGGGUGCGGGAACGGGAGUUGCGAGAGCUGAACUUGCGUUACCAGCAGCAGUGCAAUGGCUGACUACUCAGCAGGAGGCGGCUCGGCCCAGCCUUUCUUUCAUCAUUGGGACAAAUUCUGCACCAUGUCUGCUAAGCAAGAGGGGGCCAGGCUCCAGCUGCCGUCUUUUCUCAAAGACCAACCUCCAUGUCAAGCUUCCGAUCUUGAAGGAGAUGGAGCUUUUGGGACACCUCACCUGGGUAGGGUCCGCUACAGUAUCUGUCCUAAGAUGGGGAAUUGGAAACGUCUCUUUCAUUGCCUGAAAUACUGGAGCCACACAAAGAGAAGAGUCCUUUCCCAACCUGGAAUCCUUGCUAUACUUAUCUAUUUAUUGACUUCCAGUUGAUAAAAGACAGUCCUUGUUGCUACAGGGUCUGGUGGAUGGGUGAUCUGGAAUGCAAUCGUAUACCCGCUUUCCUGGGAGAAAGCCCCACUGAACUCAGUGGGGCUUACUUCUGAGUAGACAUGUAUAGUAUUGCACUGCUAAGAUCAAAGAACACCUGGAUGUGCCCAAGGCACUUCCAUGGGAGCAGAAAGGGAUGGCUAAUUCUCUCUUCCAGCUGCAGCCUCUUGCACCAUAUCAAACAUUACUCCAGAGUGUCUGGUAUCAUCUGAAGAGUGUGUGUGUGUGUGUGUGUGUGUGUGUGUGUGUAGGGGGACGGGACACCAGGGGCUGGAAUGGGGGAGUCUGAAAGCCCCUGGCCUCUGUUACUCAAAGUCUGAGCUUCAGUUUUUACUUGGUUUUGCACUAAACAGCUUCCUUCCAUGCAUAUUGCUGAAAAAUGGGGACCAAAGACUGCUUUGGGUCUGGCGCAGGAAGUCCGUAAUGAUCAAUUGUGGGGCUCUUUCCCCCUCUCUUCCUAUUGCUCUCUCUUGUGCCUCUUAAGCCAGAGAAAUGGAUGUGCCUUAACUACAUAGUCUAGUUGGGAAUGGCUGGGUUGGGCUUUGUCCCUCCUUCUUUCCUCCCCUGUAUUUUGGAGUAUUGUCUUGGUCUCCUUAUAUAUUUCCAUUUAAUGCUGGGAUGAUGAAUUCUCGCCAACCCAGUCAUCGUCCUGCGUGUGACUCAGUGCUGCAACGUUGAAAACGACCGAGGAAACCUCGGGCAGCUUUCUUCCCUCUUCCAGCAUCCUGCGCGUGUACCAGAGGGCCUCCCACCACGGUGAUGGCAUCAGAGGUAUAGGUCCCCCGUUAAAGGUUUGGGUUGAAAGCUUGAGUGGGUUCGAGCAAUGGCUGUGCCCGCCUCUGCAGAUGGCACAGUGGGGUGUAGACAGUGCAGCUUAGAAUCAUAAAAUCACCAUAGCUUAAUGGGACCCAAAGAUAAUCUACACUCCACGCCCGCACGCCCCCUUUCAUGGAUUAACCCACUUUUUUCCUGGUUUUAGUGUGUUGCAAGCAAAGACGCAGAGAGCAAACAAGGUUGCUCACGCCAGAAUCAAGUAACAUGAAGCAAUCUGGAUGGUUAUAGUGAAGAUACUUGCUGCAUAUUACAGCAGCAAAUCUCCAAAGUCACCAGCCAAUCUGAACAGGGGGAGGAGGGUUUUUUUUAUGUCCCCGGCUAGGUCAGGUUUAAAUAUGUAGCAAAAUGAGGCACCCCCAUCUUAAAAGGGUCGAAUUGACUGUCAGACAGCAAGUGGGGGGAUUGUGUUUUGAAUGCUCCCCUGUGGAAAAAUACCUCCAUGCAAAUGGAAAACUAGCAAGCUAGGAGAAAAUCAGAAGUGCUAGUUUUUAAAGAAAAAAUGCAGGGUGCGUUUUCACAGAUGGGAGUGGAUUAAAAAAAAAAAAGAUGCUUCACGGCAUUCUAUUCCCACAUUCUACUGCAUGUGUAGACCAGGCUGUAGCCCCCCCAGUGUGAAGCAAAGCUCACUCAAUAGGCUUCCCAAAGGCUCUGGGAGAUGUUUAUUCCAGAUGAAGUGACAAGUGCAGAUGCUUUAGCCUUGCAUUUGCUCUUGUACAGUCCAAGGUAAGAAUAGGGCAGCCAGCAAGUGGAGUUUGGGACCUUCAAUUGUUCUUUCUCUGCCCUGUUGCUAAUUGGCAUUGGGCCCUUCCAGCAACUGCUCUGUUCCACAGAAAUCAGCUACUUCCAUCCUCUGGGGCAACAGCCUGUUUCGGCUGGGUAACGCUCUCUGUUUGGGUUGAUGUGUCAGGAUACGUCAUCAGAAAUCAGCUUAAGGGCGUCACAUCAGCCAUGGUAGGCAGGUGGCCAUAUCAUUUUGGGCCGUUAAAUGGUGCUACGUUUUAUUAGCACUAUCAAAAGCUGUUCCUGUUCUGAUGAACAGUGACUAAGCUGGAAGUGUCAUGAGUCGGGGUGACGGAGGUGUCUGCGAGGGAUGUCAUAUAAUGGAUUACCUUUUGCACGCACAGACUGGGCAGCGGCUGCUACUCUAGCUGUGACUUCGUCUUGUUCAUUGGGAAUGGAUCUAAUUCUGCCCUCAAUUUGUUAAAUCGUGAGUCUCACAUGGUAAAGGUAAAUGGAACACAGGGCUUGUGCACUUAGGAAGGUUUAAUCUAAUUCUGCUACAGUGGGAUAGAUUCAUCUCUGUAUUCCUGCAAUAGUUCUAGAGCUGCACUGUGCAGAAACUGUUUCUCAGGCCAGGGUGACAUCUAGUGGUUCAGGAUACUCUCAUUCUUUUGUCGAUGAGCAGGCCAUUAUUGAUGCUUGGCUUCAUGCCAUACAAUACAAUGACCUGGUUUGCAUGAUCAAAACAGCCCACGGGAGUGCCAGCAUGCACUGGCCAGCUUAUUUAAGUCCAGUGGGCUGCAGAGCGUGCGGGCAGCCAUUUUGAAUAUUCAACACCUGUCUACAGCUUGUCGUGUUGCGCAAACCUAGGGACUGUGGGUUAUCCAAAGGUUAAACACCCUUCACAUAACCCAUGGUCUGUUGUUGGGUUAGGCAAGGGCUGUUUAACCCUCGCAUAACCAAUAGUCCCUGGGUUGGUACAACAUGGCGAGCUGAGGCUGUCUGUUGAAUAUGCAAAUCCUGGCUGGCCCACACUGCAGACCACCAUGGUUUAAAUAAACCAUGGUGGGCUGUUUUGAUCAUCAGAACCAGCCCAGUAAUUUCACUGUAGGUUAGUUGGCAGUUAGAUGUACCUGUUAAAUUGCAUCUCACUAAAAAUUAUUGCCUUGUACUGGGGCAACUCAGGCCUUCUCAUUGGCCUUUGUGGUGUGUGUAUUGAGUGCUUCAGAAGAUAUCCAGAUGUAGAAGAGAAGUCUCUCUCCUUUUUCUUUCUUAUUUCCUACCGUCUGUUCUGGGCAGGGCACCAGUUUGGAAGUGGAUUACUCAUUUGGGCCUAUGCUGUUGCCUGCAGAGGUCACUGUUACCUAAGCAUGCGGGGUGAAUGACUUGCUGCAUGUGACAUGACUUCCUGCAGCAUGCCAGCCAGCCCGUAAGGAGAGACAAAUUGCAAUGUUUUUUAAAAAAAGUUUCUAGGCCAAGAAAAAUAACCUCAUAGCCUCACACUUGUGUCAAUCCUGGGUUCAGCAUAGUGGUUGGCACAUCCUUCUUCUCUCCUGCUCUGGGUUCACGCCAAUAGUAGCUGGCGAGCGGACUUGUGGUGUAUAUUUACUAAAAUAAGCAUCAAGAUGGCGGUAUUUGGGUAUGGAAUCCUCUCUAGGUUUUGAGAUUGGUCUCUGCCGUGCCCCUCACCUCCCUGUUGCAAAAGUAAAUCUUGUAAAUAUAUUGGAACUUAGCAAUACUGUGUUAAAAAAAAAGAAAGACAGAAAACUCAGAUCUCGUGAUACGAAAUCUAUUUGUCCACAGGGAAAUGGGUUGAGGACAAUGCCAGCAUUAGGUUCUGUGCCAUUUUGCUAAUAUGAGGGGAUUCCAGAGACGUAACCAGGAAUGGGUGUGUGUGUGUGUCAUGUGUCUGUUCCAUGUUUUGCAUCUGGGCAUCAGCAGAUACCCAAAUCCCUUCCUGCCACUUUCCAAAGCGCCCUCCUUGGAUAGUACCUCGACGUGUCAUUUUGCUUUAACACCAGCCAGAAGGGUUAGGCAAAGCUUCCUCUCGCCCUGUGGCCGGCUUAUAAGAAAAGAGAGCCUCUUCCAGACUGCAGGUCUCCAGUCACUGAAGGGCAAACCGCAGUUUGUAGCACCAGUGCCCGCCCUGUGUCAUGUGCUCUCCCUCUUCACUGAUACAUCAUGCAUUUCCCUGCCAGUAGUAGCCAAGGUGGGGAAGGGCAAGUGACGUUACUGCAGGGUGGGUCGGUGGGUGUGAUGCAGGGAAGCCAUUUUCAGCAGACAUCCUGUGUCUGCCAUGGGAUGUAGUUUGACCCUCAGCCAGCCAAGCCUGUGAGUGACCUAGGGCUCCUGUCAUGGAAGCCUCUGGUGGUUGAGCAUAGUGCGAAGGAAUGGAGAUACACUCUGGCCAAGGCUAUCUUCCGCUCUUCCUGACAUACACUAACCCAAAGUCUGGGAACUUGUUGUCCUGAUUGCAGUUGAACAAAAUGCAUCAGGCAUCUUGUUUAGUGCACUGCAAUAUUAAUGAAACAGCUGAGAUGGGCCUCAGAGGAUUUGUCUGCAAAUGAGCGCACCAGAAAAAGAUGCCUGGGGGUGGGGGGAUGUGUUUGCAACUUUUAUCUGAAAUAUGCACCCCUGCAACCUUUGAAAAGUUGCCCAUGCUACAUGCUCCGUUCAGAUUUUUCUCUGCCUGCCAACCAGUGCCUUAUUUAAACCACUCCAUCUCUGCCCUUGGAACCCCUAAAUCAAGAUCCAAAGAACUGCAUCGCCAGUCAUGCACACCGGAUGAGUCUUCACGCUUUUGUCUCUCAUACACCUGCCUCCCCUUUCAUAGAAUCAUAGAAUAGUACAGUUGGAAGGGGCCUACAAGGCCAUGGAGUCCAGCCCCCUGCUCAAUGCAGGAAUCCAGCCUAAAGCAUCCCUGGCAGGUGGUUGUCCAGCUGCCUCUUGAAGGCCUCUAGUGUGGGAGAGCCCACAUGCGGCACUACAAACGGCUCUUGAAACUGGGAAGUGUGCCGAAAGAAGCUUGAUAUGGUAUAAGGGGCCACUAUUCAAAGGUGGGGGGGACAAUAAAGUGAAAAAUCUCUCUCACUCGAACCAUUGGGCAUCCCUAAUGCUGCUCUUUGGAUCCUCUUGCUAAUUGGUCACUCACGAGCAGAGGCAUUGCAAAAAAAAAGAAAAGAAAGUGAAGUGUGUUAGUUGACUUGAGGGGCCUCUAUAGAAGAUCUAGAGCAUCCUGCUUUCAGGCCCCCAUAGUGAAAGAUCCACCACUUCCUCCUGCUUUCCCGUCGCUAUUUUCCUUCUGCCUGAUCGUUGCUUCAACUGCCCCAAUGCCAUAAGGUGAAAGGUUGGAUACAAAUGUUUUAACUCGGUGGUUUUUGGACUUUCAGAGUCCCUUCCCAAACCAGCUUGUCUGGAGAGGAACCGCAAGGAUUUAGGAGCUUGUUGAGGGUCACACCCAGAGCCGUGGUUGCUGGCCAGGCCCGUUGUGCGCUGACCUUGCAGAAAAUGAGAGCGCCUUGGAACACACCAGCUGAGUAUUGCUGGCGAUGAUCAGUAGCGACGGGCAAGUUGUCUUUUAGGGAAACAUGUUUGCCGUGGCUGAUUUUCGCCAUGAGGAAUGCCUGAUAAACGUUCUCUGGGGAAUCGGAUCGAAAACCAUGACUUAAAAUUAACAAGUCACACUGGGCCUGUUCAGAUGACACUUCAGGCUCUGUGGUUAGCGAAACUGUGGUUCCCUGGGGUUAGUGCUAACCACGAAGAGUUUUGUUGCACACAACAUUUUAAGCCGCUAACCCUGCUGCAGUUGGUCUAACUGGUUAGUGAGUGAGCAGGGUUUAGCAAAAUUCAUUGCACAAGACACGUUAAACCCUGCUGCUUAACCAAAAGCCUUAACUAGCAGGGAGGGUUUAAGGUGUCUUCUGAACAGGCCCACUGUGGGUAAUCUCUGAGUAGUAGCGGGUGACUUUCCAAAGUGGCUUUUGGACUGGGGAACUCAACCUCUUGCCUGCCCUUAACCUCCCGUGUCCUGUGAAUGUUUCAGUCUUGACAUUUCAGUGCCUCUUGGAAGUUCCCCACUGCAGGUUUUGAGGAACUUCCUCUGGCUUUGCAGACUCUCUCACCACAUCCGACUUGCCAACAGUGAUUGGUCCACGUCUCUCCUUCCUUCUCUGUGGGACAGUGGGCUAUUUCUUCUUGUUGUCUCAAGUAUUCAUGUCUGUGAUUUUUUAAAAAAAACUCCAGUGCCUUUUUUUUUUUUUACACUAUGGGAAUCUACUUUUUUAGAGUGUGAUUUGAUACAUGGCAAUUAACCUGUAAUGUUGAAAUUAGUGUAUAGAAUUAUUUAUUUUGUGUAUUCAAUUUUUAAAUUUGUAAAUGUAUCCUGUUUAUUCAGUAAAAUGUUGAUCCUCA